CAGGUUGUCCGGUUGUCAGUGUUCAGUUGCUUGGGAUACGAGCCGCCGCGUACUCGUCGUGGACGAGUCGUACGGAUCGACGAUCCGACGAUAGUGUGGCGUGUCUACCGACGCGACGCGACGCGACGCGACGCAACGCGACGCAACGCGACGCGGCGCGGCGCGACGACGCGCUUUGACGCACAGCUUCUGUGCGUCUCAUUCUCGCCGUCUCCCUCCCGCUCUCUUUCUCCGACGUAUCCUCACCACUCACGUGCGAGACCGAGAAGAAUCUGGCCCCGCACUCUCGUCUCUAUCACAGAUCGCAGGAAUCUCGUCCGAAGAGGUGCGAAGGAAGGAUCCGGUACGGCGAGGAAACAUGGGGAGAGGGACAUCGUUAUACACGAAUUCUGCUUACGGUCUGCAAUGAAUUUCCCACCGUUCGGAGGUCACUUCCCUAGCACUAUACCGAGUAUCCAUCAAUUUGCGACCGAUAGUUCCAGUGGUGCAGGCGCGCGUUACGCCAAUCAUUUUCCCAACCAGCCUCCGAUCGGAGUGCCGGUUGUGGGAAAAUACCGUCCUGAGAACAACGGCGUACAGUCGGCCCAGUCGCAAGUAAUGAUGAACAAUAAAGUUAGCUAUCCCAACAGUUCUAAUGUUCAUCAUUAUCCGAAUGUGCCGUACACUCAAGCUCAGUCGGUUCAACAACGACCAACCAACUCGCCUGGAAUGCAAGAGAAACGAUCGUAUCAUCAGCAAUCCACCGAAACCAUAAAUCAACAAGAUGUUUGCAACCUUCUUCAAGACAAAGACAAGAGCAAGGAGAAGAAGGCUGAGGAGCAACAGCGGAAUGGAGAGACUACGACGAAUGGCACUCAACAGGAUUAUACGAUGCACCAACAUCAUCAACAGCACGCUCAUACUCAGACGCCAGCUACUAUGCCCGCAACGUGGCAGUCGCUCGCAACUCCUGGUUCCACUGUAGCUGAUUAUCUCAGCCAUUUACCGGCUAGCACUUUGCCAUUGAGUUUACAUCAUUUUCUCAAGUAUUCUGCCGAAAGUAUCAAAAAAGAGUCGGAGAUGGCGCAAACAACCUCGGUGGCUGUGGCGACUACGACAACGCCCAAUAUAAUGAUGUCGCCGAAUAAUAAAAAGAAGAAAAAGAAGAAGACGCCGAAAGAGAAGAAGCCACGUCCGAAACCUGGCGAAAUUCGUUUAACGACAGCGUUGGACGGCUCGACGUUAUAUUGUUGUCCAGAAUGCCAUAUGGCGUAUCCGGAACGAGAAUUGUUAGAGCAGCAUCUUUUAGGUCACACUUUAGAAAGAAGAUUUGUUUGUGACAUAUGUGGCGCUGGCUUGAAACGAAAAGAUCAUCUUACGCGUCAUAAACAGAGCCACAAUCCUGAACGACCUUACGUUUGCACCGUUUGCUUGAAAGCUUUUAAAAGAAAGGAACAAUUAACGCUACAUUUUGUAAUACAUUCUGGGGAGAAGCGACACGUGUGCACUGAAUGUGGCAAAGGAUUUUAUCGGAAGGAUCAUUUACGGAAACAUACCAGAAGUCACAUUGCGAGAAGAGUGAAGGCUGAAUUAAGUCAAAACGCUGGUACGCAACAGAAUCAACAACAAAAUAAUGUUUCGACGAUGCAAACCACUACUGUCUCAGCGUCAUCCGUUCUUCCGGGUGGACAUCCGGGUUCCCUCCUGUCCUGAGCCCCGCCACCAGGGAACUUUCAGGUUCCCCAUCCAAAUAAUAUUCUUCAUACUCAUACAUCGCAUCAUUCGCUGCAUCAUCAUCAUCUAACGGCAGUAAAUGUAGCACAUCAAUCAAGUGUCACACCACUCGCUACAUCUGCUCAUUAUCAGUCACAUGAACUUAGCUUUUUGGGACACGUUAAAGAUUUCUGAGACGAGGAGAGGACCUCGAUGAAGAGGUAACACCAAGAUGCUAAUCAAUUGUCAUUAUCAUCACCAACGACGAUAAUAAUUAUAGCUCUGAGACUGACUCCUGAUUUGAAUUGAAUGAAUUUUAUGAAUGUAUUUACGUUAUUUGUGCUUCUAACAUCCUCCUCGCUUUGUCUUGUCAAUACAAUAGGGAAGGGGAGGAAAGUGAUGUCUCAUUCCUUCUACAAGUUUUAAUUUAUUUUUAACUUGACAACUUGUUAUAUUUGUCAUGUAAUUUUCAUUGCCAGUAACGUUCUACCACAAUAAUGCUAUACAUCAAGAGACAUGAUAAUAUUUUACGCAAAUACAAGAGAUGUCCAAUUAUAAUAAUUC